CUAUACCAAUUUCACUCUUUUCCCAUACACACACGGCAACACCCGUGUUGCACUUGGCCUCUCUUCCUUCCUUCAAUCUUCCAACACUUUUCAUCUUUCCACAUAUUUGGAUAACAAUAGGCCACAAAAAGGAAGAAGAGAGAAAGGAGAUCAGAUUCAAUCUCGAAAAUCCAUUUUGUGCAUAUUUUUAUCUCUUUUGUGCAAUUUCCUUUUGGUUAAAACACAUUGCUAUUAAAUGGAAAAGAAAGUCCUUGAUCUCAUAUUAGUCCCAAGUGGUUUCCUUGUGAUGUUGGCUUACCAUUUCUGGCUCCUCCACCAAAUCAUGAAACACCCCACCAAAACAGUCAUUGGUGUCAAUGCAAUCAAUCGCCGUUUAUGGGUCCAAGCCAUGAUGGAGGAUGUGUCCAAGAAUGGGGUUCUAGCAGUGCAAUCUUUGAGGAACAACAUAAUGGCAUCAACCCUUUUGGCUUCAACAGCUAUAAUGUUGAGUUCUCUCAUUGCUGUGUUAAUGAGCAGUGGCAAUGAGAGAAAAACCGUGGUUUAUGAGGUGUUUGGGGACAGGAGUGAGCUUGGUUUGUCCAUAAAGUUCUUUUCCAUAUUGGUGUGUUUCUUGUUGGCGUUUUUGUUGAAUGUGCAAUCCAUAAGAUACUAUAGCCAUGCAAGCAUCUUAAUCAACGUGCCCUUCAAGAAAGUGUCUCCAAACCUUAGGCACCAAAUGCUCACAGCUGAGUAUGUUGCCAACACUGUGAACCGAGGCAGUUACUUCUGGUCCCUCGGCUUGCGUGCCUUCUACUUCUCUUUCCCUCUCUUCAUGUGGCUCUUUGGACCCAUUCCAGUGUUCUUCUCUUGCGUUGCCCUUGUUUUCAUGCUAUACUUCUUGGAUGUUACAUUUGAGUGUGGAUGUGCUGGAGUUUCUGACACUCAUAGUGUUGAAGCUGUUGAAUUGAACAAACACAAUGUUGAUGUGGAAAUUGGAAAGGCCAAUUAGUAAUUAGAGUAGCUUAAUUAACUUGUUAAGUGUAAUGGGCUAAUGGCUAUGCACUUGUAAAUUUAAACUUUGAGAAUGUCAAUCAAUUAUAAAUCAUUA